AAUUACAGUUUUUGGCACUUUCCUUCCCCUUCCUUGACUUCUUAUUGUGAAGUUUAAAUUUCUCUUGCCUUUAUUUUGAAAGUCUCCGACGGAAGCGGUGUGUUGUAUUUAAGCCAGCUUGUUGCUCGGCUCUCGGUGUUUGCAGUCAGUCACAGAGAAGCGGAGCGAUGCUAGCCGUCUGACCGCAGGACCUGGAGGCACAGACUCGGUUUAAAAACAGACCGGACCCCUCUGGGAUGAGGUCUACUGUUUCGAGAACCAGACACAAGCAAUAACAAAAACCAUGGUGACCAAGAAAAUCCGGACCGAGUACAUGAAGAAGUUCAGGGAUCCCAAAUGGGAAACUUUUUCCAAAUGCUACGAGGACUCUCUGAAGUAUCGUCUUACCCGGCGGGUGAUGGAGCACUCCCACAAGCCCUGGAUUUGGGAGGGGUGGGAGAGCGUCUCUGAUUCCAGCGGGUGGUCCACGCCGAGGCUGACCAGGAACAAAAUCGCCCCUCUGUCCCUCCCACCACCGAUGCAGAGGUUGCUCAGCCCGAGACCACCUCCUGAGGAUGGAGACACUGAUGUAACGUCUGGUGAGGCAGCAGUCGUAGACGCUGCACCGACCGUAGAAAACGGUGUGAACGAAGCCAGUGGCGGUUCGAUGACGGUGGUUCCAAACAGCAGCGGACCCUCAGAUGACACGGCGACAGACAACGGUCCUGCUGACACAGCGUCUUCUGAUGGGGAGCCGGUAAACCCUGCACCAAAGCGCCGCCACCGCCGCCGCACCCCUCGGUCUGAGCCAGGACACCGGGACAGUUCCCAUGACGACAAACCGGUUGUUGUCCGCAAACCAGUGAGAGCGAAGAGCCAACCGCCAAUCAGCACCAAGGAAAACCGACGGCCGUCUAGCCGACUGGACUGGACGGAGGUCAAGAGGACGGCUAAUGAUAGCAGCACGUCCGACGCUUGCGUUCAAACCCGUCGGGAGUCCGACAAACGGAGCUCCAACCUGGACCGUCGGCGGGCUCGCUCAGCUGAUCUCGAGAAGAUCAGGCGGUCACAGCUGACAGUGGCAGAUGACCGUUGGAUGACAGAGUACAUGCGCUGCUUCUCUGCCCGGCUGAGGAACAGAAACUCUGGAAAUUUGACGUUUUAGAGGAGGAAAUGUCAGGUGUUUUAAGUGUUUAAAAUAUAUGAAAACAUAGCAUUUGAAAAAAAGAAAAUAUUUACAGACAAACAUUAUGUGUCACGUGUCUGUAAAGCUGUUAUAUCAAUCCGAUUUUGAUGCUACAAGUUUUGGUUCUCUCUUGAAAAAGAAAGUUACAGGUGUAAAAACAUUGACAUCAGCCUUCAAAGACUCAUGUUGUUUGAAUUGUACUUCCUGUAUAAUUGUUCUGAAAGUUAAUUUUAGUAAGAAGUUAAAUCGUUACAGGAUUUUCAUCUGGAGUAUUUGACCAUUCGAGUGUUUUCUCAAACUGGACAUGCGGAUGUUUACAUGUCUCAUUUUUUGUUGUUUUGUUUCUUAAGGAAUGUUUGUGAUGUAAUGUCUUCGGUGUGACCAAUCUGAGCUGCUUUCAUUUGUUUUGGCAAAGUUCACUAAGAGUAGAUGAAACUUUCAAAGUCAGCUCAAAAACACAGUUAUUUAUUUUAACUCUUUAAAAUCCAGUUUUUCUCGUAUAUUUCCACUUGAAGUACCUUUAAGGUCAUUAAUCAUCUUAUUCCACACUGACAGUGUCACAUAUCUCGCCUUGUUGCAACCCUUCAUUGAAACCACGUUUCACUGAGUAAAAUAUUUAGUUUUUAUGGCCGCUUUGUUUCAUAUUUUGUGCAUCAUUUCACCCCAAAUUCAGCCUGAUAUCUUUGGCAUCCUUUGAAACUUUAAAGUGGCGAUAUUAAUUUUAAUAGUAAGGUUUGGCUGCACAAGUUAAACGCUGUGAUAGUUUCAAGAAGGAAGAAAUGAAAUUCUAUUUUAAGAUAGAUCAGAUAUAUUUCUACGUUUAGAAACAACUGUGAGACCUCGUCUUUCCAAACAAACUCACAAAAUAAAGUUAGUUUUCUUCAAAGACAAACUUUAGAAAGAUACUUUAGGUUUCUAAAUGUAAACACAGAUCUGUGUAACAUGUUAAAAAUGUGUCUCAGGUAGAAAGAAGCUGACAUUCUUCGGAUUAAACUGUGAGGAGGUGAAGUGGUUCAAAUGGUUGUUAGAUGGUUCUUUGUUGUGUGUUUUUAUUUAUUUUGGUACCUGAUGAGUUGAAUUUUGAGACAAUCACAGGAAAAUAUAGAAAAUCCCAUAUUUAAGCUGAAAACUGGCACUAAAAUAAGAUGUUAUACGUGAGGAGUUUGUGAAAUGCACUGUUCAGAGAAACGUUCAUUUGCUUGCUGUAUCUCAAUCUUUGAGUUUGUGUGGUUUAUUUGCAGAACAUGAUAUGUAUCGUAUGUUGGUAGCAGUCUAUUGAAUAUAUUGAUAUAAUUUUAUCUCCAGCCUUGUUUACAUUUUUGGUCACUGUAUUUGUAUUGAAAAUGUGCACAGUAUAUAUAUUUUCAUCCACUUUGCUGUGAAUAAAAUCAUAUUUG